AUGGCUGCCAACGUCAAUGGCGAGGUCAAUGGCGCCGCCGUCAACGUCCCUGCGAAGACCUUCGACACCAUCCUCGUACUCGACUUUGGAUCGCAAUACUCGCACCUGAUAACACGGCGACUGCGCGAGCUGAACAUCUACUCCGAGAUGCUGCCAUGCACUCAGAAGAUCGCGGACUUGCACUUUCAGCCAAAAGGGAUCAUUCUAUCUGGAGGCCCCUAUUCAGUGUACGAGGAUGGCGCUCCCCAUGUUGAUCCUGCGGCAUUCGAUCUUGGUGUGCCGAUCCUGGGGAUAUGCUACGGACUGCAAGAGAUGGCAUGGCAUUUUGGCAAAAACGUGCUGGCCGGCGAGAAGAGAGAGUACGGCCACGCCUAUCUCAAAAUCGAGAGACACACUGGCAAGGAAGAGCACAUCGAUCGCCUUUUCGAAGGCAUUGAAGAUGAUAUCGAGGUCUGGAUGAGUCACGGGGACAAGCUGUCAAAGCUACCUGACAACUUCCACCCCAUUGCAAGUACAGCUAAUGCCCCUUUCGCUGGUAUCGCCAGUAUGUCUCGACCGUAUUUCGGCAUCCAAUUCCACCCGGAAGUCACACACACGCCGCGAGGUACACAGAUUUUGAGCAAUUUCGCAGUCAAGAUCUGCCAAGCUCGGCAAGACUGGACCAUGGAGAAGUUCGUCGAUAAGGAAAUCGAACGCAUUCGAGCCAUGGUUGGUCCCAAAGGUCAAGUGAUUGGCGCCGUAAGCGGCGGAGUUGAUUCCACUGUUGCAGCAAAACUCAUGCAGGAGGCCAUAGGAGAUCGAUUCCAUGCGGUCUUGGUCGAUAAUGGCGUUCUCCGUCUGGAUGAGGCAGCAACAGUCAAGGAGACAUUGACGAAGCAUUUGGGUAUCAACCUGACGGUUGUCGAUGCCGCGGACCUGUUCUUGGGCCGACUUAAAGGUGUCUCCGAUCCUGAAACAAAGCGGAAAAUAAUCGGCAACACAUUCAUCGAAGUAUUCCAGGAUAAGGCAAAAGCCAUCGCGGACGCCGCAGCAAACUCCCCUCGAGCUGGCGACAUCGAGUGGUUGCUUCAAGGCACACUUUAUCCCGAUGUCAUAGAGAGCAUUUCAUUUAAAGGACCAUCGGCCACCAUCAAGACUCACCACAAUGUCGGUGGUCUUUUGGAGAACAUGCAUCUCAAGUUGAUCGAGCCUCUGAGAGAGUUGUUCAAAGAUGAGGUGAGAGCACUAGGUACGAACCUGGGCAUACCUGAAGAUCUUGUCUGGAGACAUCCAUUCCCCGGGCCUGGCUUAGCAAUUCGAAUUCUCGGUGAGGUCAAUGAAUCGCAGCUCAAGAUUGCUCGACAUGCAGACAAAAUCUUCAUCGAUGAGAUCGUCUCGGCCGGCUUGUAUCGGAAAAUCUCACAGGCAUUCGCUGGGCUUCUGCCCGUCAAAGCCGUCGGUGUCAUGGGUGACAAAAGAGUGCACGCCCAAGUGAUCGCCCUACGAGCAGUUGAAACGACUGAUUUUAUGACGGCUGAUUGGUUUCCCUUUAAUGGAGACUUCAUCAAGCGGGUCAGCAACCGUAUUGUCAACGAAGUUGAUGGUGUUUGCCGUGUGUUGUACGAUGUUACAAGCAAGCCUCCUGGUACAAUCGAGCUUGAAUAG